CCUUGCUGGAGGGGUGGGGGAAUAUUUCAGGCUUUAAUUAAACUGCUGGGAGACAGUGCGCAGAGAGAGGGAGAGCGAGCAAGCAGAAAGAAGUCUGGUUUUGCAACAUCCCUCGACGUUCUCAGGCACAGCUCUCUCUCAGCAAGUUUCCAGCCAUGACUAACACUGUAUUUGGGAACAAUACAACCCGCUGGGUCUGCCCUAAUGACCGACAGCUCACUCUCAGAGCAAAGCUGGGAGCCGGCUGGUCGGUGCACACUAACAAAACCGAGCAGCAGCGGAAGAAUGAGGAGCUGACCGAGGAGGAGAAAGAAAUCAUCAACAGAGUGAUCGCCCGGGCAGAGAAAAUGGAGGAGAUGGAGCAAGAGCGAAUCGGGCGACUCAUGGAUCGCUUGGACAACAUGCGAAAGAAUGUUCUGGGAGAUGGCCUUUCCCGCUGCAUCCUGUGCGGGGAACAGCUUGGGCUGCUGGGAUCUCACUCUGUGGUGUGUGAGGACUGUAAAAAGAAUGUUUGCACCAAGUGUGGAAUUGAAACAGCCAGUCGGCCCCGACCUGUGUGGCUGUGUAAGAUCUGCAGUGAGCAACGAGAGGUGUGGAAACGUUCAGGUGCUUGGUUCUUUAAGGGUUUACCAAAACAGAUCCUGCCAGAACCAAUCCCUAUUAUUAAGCAGAGUCUACAGAUGGUCAAAGGAGAACACCCUUCACAGGAGCCUCCUGGUCCUGAGCAGAAACCUUCUCCCAAUUGGACUCAGAGCAGAGGUCAAGCGGAAGGUGGCAUCCCAGCUGACCAUGGCACUGAGUGUGAGCUUGCAGGUGGAGGUCCUCCCAGCUACGCUUCAUCCAGGCAUCGGCCAACAGAACCACGGACGGUGGAAGCUAGUGCGAGUGGAGAAGGUGAGAGUCAAGACGGGUACAGUGGUGAUGUGGAAGGCGACACCAGAAGGAGCCCAGCAGCUGGACGACGUCAUACUUCAGCUCCAGUUUCCCGAGCUCCUGCAGCCCUCCACCAAGCUGCUGCACCACAGGCACUUCAAGCAAAUGUCCCCGGAGCCUAUCGACCAGGUCAAGGAGUGACUCCUAGAUACCCAGAGCAAAAGCCAAUGGUAGGAUCAGCAGCCUUGUCGCAUUCUGUGUCUAGUCAACCUCCCCCAUCAUUGGACCCACCAAGGGAGGAGAGAGGCGCCCGUCAGCAAGGCCAGUUUGCUGCGCCCGGCCUGGCCCCUGCAAUGCCUCUCUCCCGCCAGCAGGAGCAGCAGCAGGUCGAGGAGGACGAGGAGGCUUAUGAUUCGGAUGAGCCCACAACACUGGGAGCGCUGGAGUUCAGUCUGAUAUACGACCAGGUCAACAAUGCUUUGCACUGCACCAUCGUAAAAGCAAAGGGACUGAAACCCAUGGAUUCUAACGGCUUGGCUGAUCCAUAUGUGAAAGUUCACCUCCUGCCUGGAGCCAGCAAGUCAAACAAGCUGCGUACAAAAACUCUGCGCAACACCCGAAACCCAGUGUGGAAUGAACGGCUAACGUACCACGGGAUCACCGAGGAUGAUAUGCAGAGGAAAACACUCAGGAUAUCUGUCCUGGAUGAAGAUAAAUUUGGUCAUAAUGAAUUCAUUGGAGAGACCAGGGUUUCUCUAAAGAAACUCAAACCUAACCAAGUAAAGAACUUCAACAUCUGUCUGGAGAGAGUUGUGCCGGUAAAGCGAGGUUCUACAGUUGGAUCCACACGGGGAAUGUCACUUUACGAGGAUGAGCAAGCUGAGCACUGUGGUGAUAUUGAGGAGCGGGGUCGAAUCCUCAUCUCACUCCUGUACAGCAGUCAGCAGGGAGGCCUGAUUGUGGGAAUUAUACGCUGCGUUCAUUUGGCUGCCAUGGAUGCCAAUGGUUACUCUGACCCCUUUGUCAAAAUCUGUCUCAAGCCUGACAUGGGUAAAAAGGCCAAACAGAAAACACAGAUCAAGAAAAAGACACUGAACCCUGAAUUUAAUGAGGAAUUCUUCUACGACAUUAAGCACAGUGACUUGGCCAAGAAAACCUUGGAGCUCUCUGUGUGGGAUUACGAUAUUGGCAAAGCCAAUGAUUAUAUUGGCAGUAUUAUUCUGGGCAUUAACGCCAAAGGAGACUGCUUGAAGCAUUGGUACGAGUGCCUGAAGAACAAGGAUAAGAAGACUGAGCGCUGGCAUACCCUAUAUAACGCAAAUCCCAUUCCCAGUGACUGAGUAAAUACCCGCCACAGCCUAUGAUUUACUCUCCCAACAUUUCUCAUUUCCCUUCUCCUUCCUCUUCUCUGUUCCUCUCAUUCGGCUCAAAAUACUUUGAUGAAGGGUCACCAUCUUCCAGUUUAACCAAUGUUUUGUUUACAUGCUAGAUAUAUGCUGCCAUCAUUCCUACGGAACACCAUCACGCCAGACGUGUUAACCCAUUGCCCUGAGAAAAAUUAUGCAUUUUCUUUUUUGUCACCUCAUAAAAAUGGGUGUCAAAUUAUAUACUGGAAAUAUUCUGUCCCAUUAAGUUACUACAUGGAUUUGUGUCUCUAUCAAGAUCUUUAAAUUCUCUCUGGUAAAAACCUGUUCAACUACGUAUUGACCUGAAGGGACUAUCAGUUUCCACAAUUCUUGCCCAUGGCUACAGAUACACACACUGUGACAGGAGAUCCAACUACAGCCUGGGUGAAGCAGCCCUAAUUUCCAACUUCUUGUGCUAACUACACUAACCAGAAUACACCUUCCCAUUGAAAGCAAAUUUUGGGAAAUAAUCCGUAUGGUUUCUGACCUUAUUUUCUAAAUUGCACAUGAAGUGAAAAGUGCUUCUGAACUGUGACUAAUCCUCAGGGUGAGAUGGCUUCUGUUCAGAGUUUUUAAGGAAGGAAAUAGGAAGUGAUAUUACAAGUACCCUCAACAUAAUCUGCCAAAGCUGUCAGUUUGGGAACAGAUUCAUUAAACUGAAAAAUUAUGUAUGACUCUUUAUCAAAGAUGACAGAAGAGUCUCAGGGAAUUAGAUACCAGUCAGCCUAUAUUCUAGAAUCUGUAGCUAAUGACUGAGUCAUGAAUAUCUUGUAAAUUUUCAGUUGAUCAACCUAUGUGUGACUAAUGCCUUUGAUUGAAGAUUUAUUGAAUAGAUAUCAAGAUAGUGACUGGGGAAUGUCUCUAGAUGUUCUUUCUAUUGUCUUGUAGGUCAUCUUGAUGGUCAUCUAUGGUCAUUAGAUGAAGCCCGUUGUUGAGAUUAUUUGCUAGAGUUGAAACUCUGGAAACAGAAGGCAAUUUAUUGAGCAAGCUAAGGAAUUUUCCAACAGCAAGAUAAUCAGCAGGGAGUCAAAUUGGCAGCACCUGACAUUGCGUUCCUCUAGAAUCUGGGUUGAGUUGAGAACCAUUUACUGUAUUUAUAAACUACUUAAAUGAUUUAAAAAAACCUUUUAUUUAAAUUUACUGACAUCAUAGAAGAUUAUAAGCAGUAUAGAUGGAAGCAUUAGAUUUCAAAGAGAUCUUAAUGAACACAGGACAAAACUGUCAAAUGUCAGCAUGGAAGAACACUAGGACACCCAUUUUGGAGAUUAAAAAAAUAAAGCACUUCAAAAUAUUGAAAAACUGUAAGUAAUGGAUAUCCAUAGAACCUUAGGCUAGCAUUAAGGGAGAGAAAUCAUAUAAUGAAAAUAUCAUGGAAAGGUUAAAAAGCCAAUGGAAGGUUGGUUUUUACGUUUGGAGGUCUGGUGGAGAGUGAAGAUAUCUUUUUAUCUCCUAAGCUGCAGCUGUACAAAACCUUAGUUGGGUAGUUCUGGGAUCCGUCCUUUAGGAAGGGCAUAUAGGCUUGAUGUAGGUACUCCAUUUCUUAUCUGAGCUUCAAUAAACAAAUAAACAAACCGGGGUCAUAAUCCAUUGAAUUUAGCAGUAGUAGAAGUAUUGUCUUUGCGGCAGCAGUACAUUGCAAUACAUAAUAUUAGAGCAAAAACAUGAAUUAAAGUAUAUAUGUAAAAUAGUUAAAUAAGCAAUGCAAAAAUAAUGAAAAAGUAGUGAGGUAGUGUUCAUGGGUUCAAUGUACAUUCAGAAAUCGGAUGUUAAAGGGGAAAAAUCUGUCCCUGAAUCGUUGAGUGUGCGCCUUCAGGUUCCUGCACCUCAUCCCUGAUGAUAACAAUGAGAAGAGGGCAUGUCCUGUGUGAUGGGGUCUUUAAUGAUAUAUACCACCAUCAUUUGUUAAUCUUGGAUUUAGAGAAUGAUAAGUUAGUUGAGUGUAAGUUCUCUGGCGGGUAUCUGUCAGUUGAUCACAAAUAAACCAUGAUUACAUUGAAUAGUGGAACAGGUUCUGGGAUAAAAUAUUACACUCCUGUUCUGAUAUGUUUAGUCUAAAAGCUAUAUAGGUCUGAAUCGGAGUCUAAGGAAGGCUCCAUCAGCUCAGAAUGGAAAGGCGAUCAAGUCAGGAGCAACACUGUUGAGAAGGUGGUGGGAUGAUUUCAAAGAAACAUUGUUUUUCCUUCUCUUCUCCAGCCUUGUUAAGCAGCUCUCCUUCAGCCACCUGGUGAACGAGGAGGCAUCUCUAGCAUAUCACAGUUUUACUCCCAGAAUAGCAUCUGCAGAAUCUGAUGAUUAUCUCCAGUGCAAAGGCAGUAUUGACCAAACUGCCCAGAAAAGACUUUAAUUAUACAAUAUUGGUGUCCAGGCUAAUAAUAAUCUUUUGGAAGUAUCUCUAGUACCUGCGUCUAACACUCAAGAGUUGGAGCAUUGAUCUCACCUUGUGUAAAAAACAUCACCAGUUUUCUGAAAUUAUUAUUUUUACUGAGGCUUAGACCUCCUUUAAUCAAACCCCAGGCUAGGUUAACAGACCAAACUCAAAGGUAAAAUAUAUUCCAUUCUGGUGUGUGAAGCUGCAAUAGGUAAUCUUGCAAUGCUCUUUUAUCUCUGUAACCCUGAUCACAAAAUCACUGGAAGCAAGGACAUGACGUAAAUGGGAGGGAGUUCUGCACUCAGGCUGCCUCUAAUCAUAAUAAUAAAGCACAACAUUAAAAUGAAGGACAACUACCCUGAAUACAUGGGAUAGCAGGGUACUGGGACCACCAAGUCAGGCUGGUGAUUAUGUGCUAUACCAGUAUACUCCCAGCUUAUCGAAUCGAAUCCUAUCAAUAUACCUUUGUACUUACUUCUUCCUCUUCUGCUAAUGUAGUCUCCUUAUAAUUCAAACUUGUUUGAUGUCAUUCCCAGCACACAAGUAUAAAGGAAAACAAAAUACUCUGGUUCCGAUGCAGCAGAAAAAUAACCCAGUAAAAUAAAGAACACAAUAAUAAUACAAAAACACAAUAAAUAUAAAUAAACAAGAUAGCUUGCACACUUAGAUCAUCCAUAAAGUGAUGCUAGACACAGGAGUGUCUGUACAUAAGUUGACUGACAGGAAGUGAUAAAGCUGGGGAUGUGGAGAGGUGAGUUAGUGGGUAGAGGUGUUACUGCUUAGUCAAAUAUAGCUAUUUUUGACUCUGGUGGCCAUGGUUUGGAUGAUAUAUACUUAUUUCCCCAGUAUAGAUAAAGGUAUCUUUUUAUCCAUAUGAGACAAUUCUGUGGAAUUGAUUUAUAAGUAAUGUAAAUAAUUGUUUUCAAAUGGUUAAUUGUAAAAAUUAAUAUUAGCACAGUUGCCACAUGGAAGAUUCAGGAAUGCUAAGCUGUAGUUACAGUGCACAGCCCUCUCCCUCCACCCCACCCCAGCCCACUCCUAUAUCCAGUGAUUGAUUCAUCAGCUUGUAAGUUAACUGUGCAAGGGGGGAGUUGAAGCUUACUGUAUGUUUCCACGUACUGCCAAGAUCGGUGGGCCCAUUGGCAGUUGGAAUGACAACAGUUGGUUACGAGAAAUGUGGGGAUAACUCGGAAAAGGGUAGUGGCUGCUGCUGCUGAAUAUCUAACAUCACACAGGGGGUUGUGAACUCCUCGCACCACUUGGGAGAUGGGUGGCGCUCGGCAGCAGGGUCAGAACGAGCAGCAAACCCUGCCUUCUGCUGACACUGCAGCUGUCAGGAUCGCUGGGGACGGUGGGGUGGUUAGGCAUAGCAGUGAUUCUGGCAGAAGGCUGGGGCCUCACGGGAUAGCUGGUUGGUGUGCAUCCGCUCAGGCCUACCUCGGUGCACGGCCUUCCCAUGGAUCUGUCAUUCAGUCCAAAGCAUUCACAUUCCGCUGAAACAGAAUCAAGAUCUGGUUUAUUGUCACUUACAUAAGUCAUGAAAUGUGUUGCAGUGCAGGGAUAACAAAUUUCAAAGUUUCAAUAAUAAUUUUAAAAACGAAGGAAUAACAAGGCAGCGUUCAUGAGUUCAUAGACCAUUCAGAAAUCUAAUGACAGAGGAGAAGUAACUGUUCCUAAAACAUUGAAUUGUAUGCCUUUAGGCUCCUGUGCUUCCUCCCUGAUGGCAGUAGUGAGAAGAGAGUAUGUCCGGGAUGGUGAGGGUCCUUCAUGAUGUACGCUAGCUUUUUGAGGCACCAGUUUUUCAAGAUGUCCUUGAUGAUGGGUAGGCUUGUGUCCAUGAUGAAAUUGGCUCAGUCUACAAUUCUCUGAAGCCUCUUAAGAUCUUGUGCCUCCACAUCCAACGGUGACGUAACCAGUUAGAAAGCUCUCCAUGGUACAUCUGUAGAAAUUUGCUCAAGUCUUUUGGUGACAUACAAAAUCUCUUCAAACUCCUAAUGAAAUAUAGAUGCUGGCAUGCCUUCAUCAUUAUAUCAAUACACUAGGGUCACCAUAGAUAGGUCAUUGCUUUGGUUACUGGGCUUGACUCUUUGCAUCAUCCAUGGAGACAUUCCCAGUUAUUACCCUGACCAAUUCAGUCACUUGUAUUGUGGAAACUAAUUUUGCCUGGUGUGAUAAUGCCAAUUCAAUAACAAUAUCUGCUAGCACAAUUGAAUGCUCACAUCCAGGCAUUUCUUUAGUAAUGGGUAGAAAGUCUUGGGACCUCCUGUUAAUUUCAAUGGGUAUGCAUGACCUGGAGAAUGGAAUUUUAAGCAGUAUCUCCAGUCAUGGACAUGGUAAGAAGCUGAACAUUGCCACCAAUUCAGAAAAAAUAGGUCUAUUAGUUGAUGGGUCAGUGGGUAUACAGAGUGGAUCAGUCAACAUACAAAGGUUGAUAAAACAUAAGACAUAGGAGCAGAACUAGGCCAUCUGGCCCAUCGAGUCUGCUCUGCCAUUCAAUCAUGGCUGGCCCUUUCUCUCUAUCUCCUCCUCAACCCCAUUUCCCAGCCUUCUCCCCGUAACCUUUAAUGCCAUGUCCAAUCAAGAACCUAUCAAUCUCUGCCUUAAGUACACCCAACGACCUGGCCUCCACAGCUGCAUGUGGCUACAAAUUCCACACAUUCACCACCCUUUGGCUAAAGAAAUUUCUCCACAUCUCUCUUUUGAAAGGGCACCCCUCCAUCCUUUGCGAACAUUGAGAUAUUAAUAUAAAAGAGGCCAUUGAACCUCUUUAGCCAUUAAAUUGGAAGCUGGCCGGCUAGAAUUUUAGCUCAGUUUACCUGCCUUGAUUAUGUUAUUUUCCUGUAACUGAAAGCUACUAAUUUUGAGAUGGGAGUGGAAUAAAAAACAAACUACUGCAGAAAUUCAGCAGGUAAGGCAAUAUCUGUGGAGGGAAAAAACAGUUGAUGUUUCAGAUUGAGACCGUUCAUCAGUUCAGAUGAAGGGCCUUGCCCGCUUCCCUCCACAGAUGCUGCCCGACCUGCUGAGGCUCUCCAGAAAUCACUUUUCUGCUCAAGGUUCCAGCAUCUGCAAACUCUUGGGAAAAUUUCAGGUUAUAUGUAGGAAGAAAGCGUGGAUCAUCGUGUCCUUACAUCUUGGAAAAUGAAUAAAACCAGCCAGAGCAAAUAGACAAUGGCUUCCCCUUUUGGAUGGCCCUGACUAUAUUGAGUUGGGGGGCAGGAAUGGCUUUUAAUUCACCUAAUGUCAAAAUCUUGCUCCAAAAGAACCAGAAUCAGGUUUAAUAUCACUGGCAUAUAUCAUGAAAUUUGUUGUUUUUGCAGCAGCAGUAAAAUGCAAUACAUAAUAGAAAAAAACAUGAACUACAGUGGUAUUUAUAUAUUAAAAAGUUAAAUAAGUAGUUCAAAAUAGAAAUAAAGUAAAAAGGUAGUGCUCAUGUUCAUGGUUUCAAUGUCCAUUCAGAAAUCUGAUGGCAGAGGGGAAGAAGCUGUUCCCCUGUGUGAGCCAUCAGGCUUCUGUACCUCCCUGAUGGUAGCAGUGAGAACAAGGCAUGUCCUGGGUAAUGAGAGUCCUUAAUGAUAGAUGCCACUUUUCUGAGGCAUCGCUCCUUGAUAAAGCAAACACUAUUCAACAUUAUCAAAUUAAAAUUUCAGAGUAAGGCACUAAUUGUAAAGAUAAUCUGAUGAAUGCAGAAUGAUUUUACUUGAGCUUGAUAUUGAAGCUGGAUGUGAUAGAUAUUGAAGAUAAAAGUGAGAGUUCCUUCCAUCAUUCUUCAAGCCAUCAUUUCAAUGCACUCACCACCUACCAAUUAAAUAUAAUAGCACAGCUCCAUGUAAUAGAAUGGCUCUUGAAUAGUGCUUGGAAUGGGCAACAGUGGUGGAGGCAGAUACAAUAGGGUCUUUUAAGAGACUCCUGGACAGGUGCAUGGAGCUUAGAAAAAUAAGGGGCUAUGGGUAACCCUAGGUAAUUUCUAAGGUAAGGACAUGUCGGCACAACUUUGUGGGCCGAAGGGCCUGUACUGUGCUGUAGGUUUUCUACAUUUCUAUGAAACAGCCCAAUGCACUUCAUGGGAACAAAUGUUUCAAUAAGUCAUAUAAGGAAAUAUGACAGUCAAAUAAAUUGAUGUUUAAAAACAUCUUGAAUUAGGGUAUUGAGGGGUAGAAAGGCCUAGAAGGAGUAUUUCAGAGCUGUUUUUGAACAGCUGAAUGACAAGCAAAAUUAGUUUUGUUCUUCAAAGGCUAAUUUGUGAACUUCAAUUUCAAUAAUAGAGAAAUUGUACUAGCAGUUCUGUUGGUGAAAAUAACACCUGUGCCUUUUUUCACAUACAACCAUAGAGACACAAAUUCCAAGUAUUAACAGUUAAAACUGAACAAUCUGACUACAUUUGCAAUGUAACCUUCCUGCAACAUCUUACAAUAUGGUAUGUUUGCUCUGUCAUAAUGUAAGAAUUGUUGCCUGAUACGUAUAUUUUCAUUAAAAAUGGGGGACGGGGGUGGGGGGGGAGAGAAGCCUUUGGAAGAAAAUUUGCAUUUUACUCAAUAUUUCCAUGAACAUUUGUUUAUAAGAAAUAUGCAUCAUCUCCAAAUAAGGCAUUUAUCAAAUAAUCAUUGUCUUCCAGUUAAAAUUCUGAUUAUGCCAGUGUUAGAUCGAUAGUGAUUGGAAGCUGUUCGUCCUGUGAGGGUCCCCUGUCCACUCUCUGGAGUGUUGGGCUGAAUCUGAGGAGCAACUAGAGAGAAACAAAGGGAGUUGUAUCGAUCUUGAACCACAAGGUGACUCUGAAAAAAGGAUACGAUACAGUAUUUAAUCAAAUGUGAUAGGAAUUUCUGGUAGAGGAACAUAAUUAGAUUUUCUUUCUGUUGUAUUAAUUAGCCAUACAGUUUGAACAGUUCUGAUAUUCUCUCUGGUGCUUCAUGAAGCAGCAAGUCUCCAUUGAGCUGAUUGCUUGAUUAAAUGCCAAUUUAGUUUUCAUCCCUGGAGUUGACAUUACAGGUGAAUGCUGUCUAGAAUAGUGCAUUUGUGGACUUUUGUCAUGGCAUUUACAAUGUGCUAUUGGGACAACUUUUCCCUACAUCUGAAUUUGUCUAUUUUUGUACAUAACACAGUCUGGUGCACUGUAGUAGAUAUGACUGUGCAUGUCCUUAAGUAAGUUGGCAUAAUUAACAUUACAGUAUUACAGCACGAUGCAGCAAUGGUAGUGGGAACAGCAUUUCAAUUGUGAACCCUGCUUCUAGAGCUUUACAUGUCCAGUCUUUGAAUCCCAAGUCUGAAGUUGAAUCAUUUUUUUUUUACAAAUGGCAUUACUCAAUCUUUCCAUUUCUCAAAAACUUAUUGUAAUGUUACGGGAACUCAUUUAGAUUUGUAGCUGCUAACAACAGCCCUGUCAAAGAUCAGCACCGUCCUCUGUUAGUCAUUCACAGAUAACCUGGUCGAGAUUGAUCCUGGGUCUAGGUCUGGGGACUCUCAUUCCCACUUUGUGAGGCUUCAGGGCUAACUCUGACUCGAUCAGCUUUCAAGGAAACAUGCCAAGACUUGCUGAUAGCACGUUAAUACAUGCUGUGCUGCUGCCCAAUUGAACAGAGACCCACUGAAGUUCUGUGUAGAGACUCCAAGACUUACUGAAGUCUAAGAUUGCAUGGAGUUCCCUGCAAGCUUGAAUAUAUGGAUUUAUAGUUUAUGGUUCCCUCAUAAAUGGUGAGCAGGUCCUGUUCAUUGUUACCAAAUCUUUGCUAAUUGUCUUCCAUAUAUGUCUGUUCGGGGGUAGAGGUAAUUAGAAAAAAGGGAAUUGUUAAUUGCAAAAUGUCUUCUGGCCUUUGCUUUUUAUUGUUCUCUAAUCCACAAAACAUCUUUUCCACAUCUACACCUUUGUGUUUGAGGUAGAUCUCUAACAGACCCUGUAAUCUCUGUCUCCAUGCUUUUCUUCAUCUGUCUGUAAUCUACCCUGCUAUGAAUUAAGGCAGUGCAUGUUGCUCUAUAUCAGGCACUUCAACAACCACCUAAAUUUGGGGCUUUUAAAGGAAAUUGGGCGAGAAAAAAUUCUUCAGUGGCAAUAGUAAUCAAAUCUAAUUUGAUGCUAAUAUUUUGGAGGUAUUAAAUCCAAAAACGUGCUUCUGAGUAAAACAAAAUCUGUGGUCACCAAAAGAUGUUAGAAAUGGUCUGUUACACUGUUGCUCCUAGCUCUGUAUAUAAACAGCAUGUGAUACCUUCUUAAUCAGCAUGUUCAAACUGAUUGCCAUGGAAUCCGCAUGAUGAGUUGGAGUGAAUUUAGAUUCGAGUAUGCAUUAAGGGAGCAAAACUUGAUUUUGUAUUGAGGUGCCUGCAAUACUGAGACUGUCUUCCAGUGCAUGCAGAUAUAAAGCUCUAUUAACCACUUUGUCCUAAUGAUGCAUAUAAAGAGAUACCACACAUUACUGCCUCUGUGUUUUUU